UUCUCGCAGUGCACCUCGGACGAGCCCGACCUAUACUCAGCAAAAUGUUUUUUCGUCAAACGCAGUCGUCUGCUACGUUUAACCACGUGUUCUGUAUUAAGUAUUAGGUAAAGGGAAAUUUGCAGUGAAUCGAGGCUGGACGUUGAAAGGUUGUUUCGUGUUUAAGUUGGUAUUUGUAGAGAUGGCUAGGCACAAUUCGUGUGAUGAUGACACGUUUCCAUACAACCACGAGUAUUAUGCCCUCCUGCGUUUUAAAGAGAAUGAAAGGUUCUACCAUUACCAGUUCCAGGCACGAUCUCCUCAGUUACCCUUUCGACAAGACUUAAUAAAAAAUCUCAAACAGCUCAAUGACAAACUCGGCCUGUCUCUUUCAACAUUUCACCUAGCAGUUCAUCUAUUAGACAUAUUCAUGGAUUGCCACGAAAUUGAUCAACAACAGCUUAUGUUGGCUGGGUCCACAUGUCUCUUGAUUGCUGCCAAAUAUGUUGAUGUUGAUAGUAAUGUUCCAAAAUUCUCACAUUUGCAAUCUCUGACCAACCAUCAUAAUUCAAUACAUGAAUUUUCAUUAAUGGAAAAGAUGCUGCUUAACUUCUGGAAAUGGGACCUUAAUUUUUCAACUUCCUUAGAUUUCUUAGAGCACUAUCUCUCCUGUGAUCUUCUUAAGUGUGCCGAAGGACUCCAUUCCAACAGCUUUAAAAAUUUGAAAUGUCAAGCUGUGUACUUAGCAAAUCUGACUCUCACUGAAGUCAAUUUCAUCUACUUCAAAUCCUCAGUCAUUGCUGCCUCUUGUAUUUUAGUUGCCCGGCUCCAAUUCAGAUUGCUUCCAACCUGGCCAGAAGGGAUGGAGAUUUUGACAGGCUAUUCCUAUCUAGAAAUUGAUGAAUGUGUUCAGCUCCUAAUUCAUUUGGCCCAAAUAACUCAAAGUGAAUGUUUCUUUAAUCCUGCCUUGCAGCAACAAUCUUCCAUUUUGAUACGUGAAGAAUCAAAGGUGGAAUGUAAAUAUAAGUUGAAAGGUGUGUCAAAUCACAACUGUGCCAGAACAAAGCGGCGGCAUUUGAUACACCCCCGUGACCUAAAACAGAUGUACCGAUUAACUGAUUGUGCCAUGUAGAAAAGGAAGGAAGUGUAAAGAGUCUCUACAAACGUUGUUUCAAUUGUUAAUUCAAAAGUCUGCUCUAAAUCCAGAAAUUCUUCGUGUAUCUUUGCUUAUCACCAAUAAAACGGGUAUUCAUCAACACAA